AUGGAAAUCAAUAGAAUUAACGAAGAAGCAUGUGAAAAAGAAAUGAAAAUGAAAAAAUUAGAAGAUGAAAAUAUAAAAUUAAAAAAUUAUUUGAAAGAUUUUGAAAAAACUUUUAAUAAUAAUAAUAAUAAUAAGAGAAUUGAUGUUAAAACACGUGAAAUUCAAUGCGAUAUAAAAUUUAAGGUUUUUGAUAAGAACGUACAAGUCAUACCUCAUACGUCAGAUGUUAAAACACAAACGGAAACAAUGAGAAUUUCAGAUGUAAACAAAGAAGAUGAAGAAGCAGAAGAAAGAGAAAAUUAUAAUAAAAAUCAAAUUAUGUAUUUACAAGAGCAAAACGAAGUUUUAAAAUUAAUUAUAAAAGAUCUAAAAAAAAACAACAAUUUUGAAAAAAAAUUUAAUUAUUAUUUACAAAAUCACGAACAUGAUAUAAAUGAUUCGAAAAAAAAUAUUUUACAAUUAAAUGAUAAAUUCGAAACGGAAAUUGAAAAUAUAAAAAAAUUAUUAAUUCAAGAACAAAAUCAAAGAGUCCAAGAAGAAACCAUUAUGGAAAAUUUAGAAACGACUAUGACGUGUCUUAAAAAUAAAUUAUUAAAUACUUUACCGCCAAAACAACGUCAUCAAAACCACGUGGAUCAUCUUACAAAAGAAAAUGACGUAGGUGAUACCGGUAAUAAUAAUAAUGAUGAAACCACACAAAGGAAUCAAAUGGAAGAAUAUAUGGAAGGUAAUAAUCUCAACGGUAAUAUAAAUUUAUUGAAUCGUUUCGAACGAAACAUUCUAGAAAAAAUCGAUGACGUCAAAAGUGAAUUUUUCGAUAAAAUUAAAUCAUUAUUAUUACUCUACGAAAAUUUAAAUAAAGAUAAUUUUUUCGACGAAAUACUAAUAAUAAUAAUAAUAUUAUAA